AUGGCACAGUGCCAUCCACUGGUGACACGUUUGGUUGCUUCAUCAGUGACAGCAGCAACGCAAGCAGGAAAAAUAAUUCGUGAUAUAUUUACACAAGGAGAUUUAAAUAUUAUUGAUAAAGGAGUUAAUGAUCUGCAAACAGAAGCUGAUCGUUCUGCACAAAAUUGUAUUAUAGAAUCACUGAGUAGACAAUUUUCAGACAUAACUAUUAUUGGAGAAGAAGGAACAUCCAGAUGUGAAGUUCCAUCAGACUGGAUUGUUACUGAUUUAGAUCAAGAUGUAUUGAAGGUUAAACUUCCUGAUUAUCUCGAAAAUGUUUCUCCGAAAGACGUGUGUGUAUGGGUUGAUCCACUUGAUGGUACUUCUGAAUUCACUCAAGGAUUAGUGGACCACAUUACAGUAUUAGUUGGUGUCGCAAUAGGAAAAAAAGCUGUGGGAGGUGUAAUUCAUCAACCUUAUUAUAAAGACGUUCAAAAAUCAUCACUAGGUCGUACUCUGUGGGGUAUUGAUAAAGUUGGAAUCGGUGGGUUCAAGCCAAUCCCACCACCAGCUGGAAAAAAAAUAAUUACAACUACACGGUCGCAUUCCAAUAAAACUGUUCAAGCAGCACUGGAUGCUAUAGAACCUGAUGAAGUCAUACGAGUUGGAGGAGCUGGUCAUAAAGUAAUGCUUUUAUUAGAAGGCAAAGCAAAUGCCUACGUAUUUGCAAGUCCUGGAUGUAAAAGAUGGGAUACUUGUGCUCCAGAGGCGGUGCUACAUGCCGCAGGAGGAACUCUUACUGAUCUAUAUGGUGAUAAUUAUCCGUAUGAUGCUGAUACUGAACAUCCUAAUACUAAAGGAGUACUGGCUACAGCACCCGGUGAACAGCAUUCGUGGUAUCUAUCACGUAUUCCUGAUCAAGUUAAACAAGAAUUGUAGUUUUUAUUUUUAUUAAACAUCACAACGCAUUUAGUUUAAUUUAAAUUAAUUUUUUUUCCCUUGAAUUGUUUUCUGAUAAAAAUUAACACGUGAUUUCUUUAUGAGAAGAUAAAAAAUUUGAAUUAUUAUACAUGAAAUAUAGUUUUACGGUUUAAGCGCAAGAUUAACGCGAUUAAAUAUAAUAUAUAUGUACGGAAUAAUUAUUAGACAUAAAUCUAUUAUCAUAAAUUGCAUUUAAUUAUUGAAUUAAAAAAAAAAAUUAUAUAAAUAAAUAUUAAUUUGAUUAGUGAGCUUUAGGCUUUGCACUUUUCACUUUUUUUAAUUUUUUCAGUCCAUUUAUAUUUGCUUUUAAUAGAUUCCAGUAUGCCUGCUGGAAUUUAUUUACAUCCUUGGAAUGAAUCUGAAAUAAAUACAAAUUUUUUAAUUAUUUAUUAAGUAUAUUUGUGAUAUAUGAAAUACAUGAGAUAACUUUCAGGUAAUUUACAUUUACCUGAAGAUCGGAACGUUUUUCGCGCAAUGAAAAAAAAAAUUGGAAAGUAAAAAAUCUACUGGAUGACUAGAUUUCUAAAAUAUUUGGCAUAUAGAUGCUGGUAUAUCAACCGAAAAUUUUAGGCCACAUUCAACUUCUGAAACUACCCCUUAAGCAGCCAAAUUACAUAAACUUUUUUCAUUUUCGUUGCUUGAAAAACGUUCUGAUCUUCAGGUACAUUGAUUUUAACAAGUAGCGAUCAAACAAAAUAGUUGUUUUUCUAGAUAAAUAAAAAAUGAGUGUGAAUGUAGCAGACAUAAGACAAUUUAUAAAUUUUAAAUAAAUAAAUCAAUCAAUCAAAAUAAUAAAAUUGAAAAAAAAUGCCCGUACGGGUCUUGUAUUUUUCUAAAUACACAUUUUUUAAUUUUUACUCAACUUAUUAUUAAAUUUAUCAUUUAAAAAAAACUCAAAAUUUAUUAAACGUUGGCUAAGUUCAGUAUCAUAAUUUUAUUUAAUACUUUUCCGUGAAUUAAAAUAAAGUAUUUAAUGUCAAAAAAUAGAGCACUGACCAUAAAUGGUACUCCUACACCAUCCAAAAUUUAAUUCAUUUUUCAUUAUUUCGAAGUCUAAUAAUUUUUGAAUAUUUUAGAAACGAUUAAUUACAAAAAGUUAAAAAUAUUUGAAAAAAUUGCACCUAUAGUUUUAUAAAUUUUCUACAAGUGCAUGUUUUUAGUUCUGUUUUUUAAAAAUUAAAUUAUGCUAAAAAAAAUUGUUAAUUGUCUGCUAACUUCAGGAUUAUAAUUUUUCAACGAAUGAUUUUAAAUGAGUCCGAUAAUUAAAAUUACUAGAGAAAACUAUCGUAAUAAAUAGUAAAUAAAUAAAUUAUUGAACUUACAACUGUAGAGAUUUUUUUCGAGUGUAAUUUAGCUCUUACUAAACAGAGAUACUCUGUUGGUUUUGGUAAAGGAGGAUUACCUUCUCUAGGUUCUGGUUUAUUAUGUCCAUUGACUGAAAUAAUAUUUAUAUUUAAUUACUCAUAACAAAUAAAUUAAUUAAAUAAUCAAUAGAGAACAGUAAUUGAUAUUUACAUCUUUUAAUAGUCAGAGCUACUGAACCUGACAGCCGUGACUUUUCAAAUAACCUAGUGAGUUCACUCAAAAACUAUAAAAUAUAUAAUCAUAAUUAGUCAUCAAAUGUAUAUAAAUACAUUUAUAAUUUAUUAUAAACAUUUAAAAUUUUAAUUUUACCACAUCAUUUUCUAUUAAAACCAUUCCGGUAACAUAUGCCUCGACUAAUGUCGAGCAUGUGCAAAAAAAAAUUAUUAAUUUAAAUAAUUUACAAUUUAAUAUUUUAUAUUUCAGGUUAUGUUCAAAGUGACAACGACGACAACGUAAUUACAGCAAACGAAAAAUAUUUAACUACAGCCACCUGUCUUAAAAUAUUUAAAUAUUUUUUUUGCUUACCAACAAUCGACACUAAACAAUAUCAAAAUUUAUGAGUGUGAAUGUAGCAGAUAUGAGACAAAUAAAAGAAUUAAACAAUUAAAAAUAUAACAAUAAAAGAAAUGCACAUACUGAUUUUCAAAUUCUACGAAUGCGAAUUUUUUAAAUUUUAUUCGAUUCAAAUUUAAUUCACUUGUUUCAAAAUUAAAAAAAUUGACAAUUAUCAACUACAUUCACACUCAUCAAAAUUUCCGAAUCGGAGCAUGAGCACGAGGGUCCGAGAAAAAAAAGACCAACUAGUCCAUGUUUAUUCAAAUUAAAUUAUUUAAAAUAUUUAUUUAAAUUGUAAAAAGUCAAUACUACAAUUACUUUUCAUUUAAAUAAUAUAAUUAUAGGCGGGUUUUAGUUGGAGUAAAAUAAAAAUGGAUACAGGUAUCAAAGUUAAAAUAACAAGUAACAAUGAGUGUUUAUUUGAUAAAUCAAUUGACAGUUCAAAUAAAAAAAAUAACAAAAUAAGUAAUUUAGUUGAAAACUUGAAAGUGAUGCAACAACAAGUCAAUGACUUCUUGACAACUUUAAUUGAAUCUCAACAGGUAUCCAGCAAAGAUGAAUCUCCAGAAGUAUCCAGUGAAGAUGAAGAUUCAGAUGACGAUAAUGAUGGAGAUACGAUAGAUACUAAAAAAUGUAAAUUGAAAUAAAAUUAUAGACCGGUUUUAAUAAGCGCACCGUUAUAUACUUGUUUUAAAAAAAUAAAAUAAACUGACAGUUGAGAAAACGAG